AUAGAGUCCGGAUGUACUGCGUUGGUAAUAUUAUUCUUACAGGGUCAGCGCCGCGCCAUAAACUUUAUAAAAUUACAACUCGUUCACAAUGCCUUACGACUUAAUUUACAAUUUCACCCUUGCGAAGUCGAGAUUUGUAGUUUUUACCUCAGGGGAUUCUGGGAAUUGAAGUCCCGUUGCUUGCUUUCUCACAGCCAGGCAGGCAUGUGGAGCAUGCUAGUAACGCAGCUACCAGCUUUCUAAACCAAAUCGAGCUUUCUGUUGGAAAUCAGUAUGUCGUUUUCUUUUAAUUUUGACGUAAAUCCAACGACAACCACGGAUGACGUGCAGGGGGAUGCAUGUGCAUCGUUAACUGACAAAAUUGGCCUUGUUGCGAAACCUGAAAAUGAAAGGGGUGGCUCAGGAGAGGCAGUAAAAGAGGCCAAAGAGCAUUUUCCACCCUCCGAUCCCCAGCACUUACUUGAUGACGCCAUUUAUGAAACCCUCACCAUCGGCACUCUUCCUCCCCUGCGCUUUCUCAACGAGACGCUUUUUGAGAAGACCGUCAACGAGAGGGAGGACACGGAGAACAUUCUGUCCCGCACGGCCGAGCAGAGAUCUGACCUCAUCUCGGGAGUGUAUGAGGGCGGACUCAAGGUGUGGGAGUGCACGUAUGACCUUCUGGAGGUAAUCGAGAGGGAAGGUGAGACAUUUGGCGCCAAGGCUGUCUUGGAUCUCGGCUGUGGCGCCGGGCUCCUGGGAAUUUUGUCUCUGAAGAGAACAGCCAGAGAAGUCCACUUUCAGGACUACAACAGUACAGUCCUUGAGCAACUCACUAUGUCUAAUGUCAUUCUCAAUUGCCAAGAUGAUGACAGUGACGACGAUGACGGUAAAGGAAAGAGCCUCCAAACAACCGACAAAGAAGAAGAAUCCAAGAUCAAACCUAAACGUGGCAGAAGAGAUCUGUUACUGCCAAGGUGCCGUUUUUUCUCUGGUGACUGGCGCACCUUUCUUAUUUUGGCCUCAAGUCAGGUUCCGCCAUUGAAAUACGACAUUAUCCUGACCUCAGAGACAAUUUACAACACUGCUUAUUACCCUGCGCUGCACGACACCUUCCAGAGACUUUUGGCCCCGCGCGGGCAAGUUUACCUGGCCACCAAGUCCCACUACUUUGGCGUGGGUGGAGGUCUGCACCUGUUUGAGACUUUUGUGGAGGAGAGGGGUGUUUUUGCUGUGAAUCGUCUUUGGGAUAGCCAAGACGGACUUAAGAGACAUGUUGUUGUCCUGCGUUUUAAAAAAGAAUCACACUAGCUCUCACGGCGCUCGAGGGAAAACAGGCCAACUCGUACACAACAAAUAUGGCCACACAACAACGAAAAUUAAAUAAAAAAAUUUGGGGGGGAAUUUUAAAAUAUUUAAUUAUCAAAAUAUUUCCUAUAUGACAUCCAUUAUGUAUUAUUGAUGUGGAAAACAUCUCAAGAUAGUUGAAAAUAGCCUGACACAAGUCCUAUUGUGUAUUCAAACAGUUUUAAUAAACAAAUGGUCACAUCUCAGAUUCAACAUGAUUGCUGUUUUUUUUUCCCCCCCACCUAUCAUACUUACUUCCUAUAAAAACAUGUUCCAGUGAGGAACAGUUGAAAGAGUGCCGUUGCAGGUCUAUUGCGCCGAUCUGAGAGGAAAGAAAAGGAAAUGGGCUCAGUGACCUUUGCGAGUGAUUUCCCCCGUGUUCAAACAGCAGCAUGAAAGCCAGGCUUGUUUCUGAAGUCCAACACAAAAUGUCAGUUGCAACUUAGCCGGCUGCUCUAGGAUGUUGCUUGAAAGCGGAUUCGGGCGUUACGGUACGUCAGUGGUCUGUCUCUGUGGGGUCUCUGUAAGACUGGAAAAGGGGUUCUGCUUUGCGUCAUCUGAUCUUUCUGGGGGAGAAUAGAAAUGCAAAAAAAAAGAAAUCCUUUUUUUGGGUGUGUUUUUUUUAAAAGCCACAUGAUGUGACACAUGCUGAUGCUGGCUACAUCCUGGAAGAAUGCAAAUAGCCAUCCUGGAAAUGCAGUGAGGUAAGUUGUUCAGGCCUUUUGUUCAGAAAUAUGUAUCCAGACUGGUCUUGUUACUAGACAAUAGGAAAUAUUUUUUGGCUUCAUGAUCUACUCACCUGUGUCCUUGUGACACUCAUAUUACCCAGGAAGAAAUUAAAAGCUUCUUACAGUAAUACACGUUUGGGGAGCUUCUGCAGUGACAACAAAGCUGUGCCAGAAAUAUUCGAACUAAUGGAGCUGUGGUGUCGGAAAUGCCAGGAAGUAAAGUGACACAUUUUCUUGCCCUGUUGUGCUGAAAGCAAUUGUAGCUGACGUCCUUAUGAAUUAGCAUAUGUGGUUGCCAUAUGCUGUGUUGCUGUGUGAAAGCAUACACUGUUGAGCAAUGCCCCAUUUUGCUGUAUUCUGUGUAAAAAGGCGUUGGCAGAAUUUCCAAAUGAUGUUCUUUGAAUUCUGUUUUCUUGUCCUAUCCUAUUGAGCAAUAAUGUUGCCGCUGGAGUUGUGCCAUAGCAGAGAUCUGCGUAGAUCCAACUCAACUUUUCCGUAGCUGACGUCAUCAGUAUUUUGUUCUCUGGACCACAACUUAAACCUGCAAAGAUCUAUUUUUUCCAUGACUGUUUUUCCGCCCACACAGCUAGUUUUAAUGACAGCUGACGCGCAAAUUGAUAAAGCUGCAUCAUGUGAAAUAAGUAUGCUGCUGCUCUCACAAAGAAAAUGCAACUUGACGGCUGAUCAGUGUGGUAGAUUGGAAUCGAGCACUCGGUGCUCGACUGUGUGGUCUGUCUGUAUUGGGAGUCGGGGAGAUGUUGACUGAGCGGGCAGUAAAGAUCGACUCGUACUGCAUCCUUGCCUCCGUGUAUUAUUGGUGAAACAACCAGUAAGCAACCCACGGUUAGUGACAACACUACAACAGUGUAUCAGAGCAUAAAGCCACAACAAUCAGUGAUUCCCAAAAAAAGUGCCCCGAUUUUAUAGCGCACCCUGAAGGCCAUGCACUGGGUCAGCGUGUGUGUCUGCUUCGUCAUCAUCUCGUCACAGGCCGACAGCUGAACGCAAGCCUGUGGGGGAAUUCCUGUCUCCAACGGUAAACGCAGCCUUUCCCCUUCUUGGCUAUAUAAGAACAGGGGGGCAGGGCCCAUCAGCCGGUUUUCCUCAGAACUAUUAUGUGUUGAUUCACAGUGUGGGGGCGUGCUGUUGACUCCCACGGUUUCCUUCUUACUGGGAAGUGACUGGUGAGCUUACCGAGCAGAGGGAGUGCAUGAAUAACCGAUUGCGAGGAGGGCGGGCUAGAGGGAGGUAAGCCGGGUGGUGAUGUGAAACAUGACGGUAUUUAAGGUCGAAGCAGGAUGUUAAGUCACACUGUAGCUACUCUAAACUGGAACACGGAGAAGACAGCAGAGAAGACUUCUGAACAUUUUUUGGGGGGGAGCAGAUCCUAUCGAGAACUGAAAUAUAAGGUUUUUGAUUAUCCAAGACAAUGGGGGGAUGCACUUGACCAAGACAGGCAAGUAUUGAGGUUAAACUAAACUAGACUUGUUUUAAAAAGGCAGAAAGAAAAGAGUUCAUUCAAGGUAAUAAAGGGAUUUACUAACCUGAACUUGAACUUUAUCCUCGUUGAGGAUUUGGGCUGUUGAACCGGUUGUUUGCGACUUCUGCUAAUGGAAUAUUUGUCAUUUCCUGGCCACACUCAGGUGCGGCCUUUCCUCCAUUGUAUUGCUGAUAGUAUUCCGAACGACUCUUAUCUUAUCAGGAACUAUACAGUAUCACUCUGCAGCCAAUCAAAUCAAUGAAUGAAGGAGAAGCAACUAUGCCAUUGUUUGUGAAUGUAAAAACUUUCUCAUAGUAUUUUGACCCCAGUCCUGAAGCUGUUUUUUUUUCCUGAGCGUGUAACUUUGGAGUCACGUCAUCCCAGGGCUAUCAGUGCUUGCAUCAGUCUAUCAGGCAGAAACCGUCUUUCGGUAGAAGUGAACCAUUUCCAGGAAUAAAGAAGGACAAGAUCUAGAUACUCUGAGCAGGCUCCAAUGUGACCAUCAUUGACUUUGUAGAGGCUUGUUUCACUUUCAGCUCAUAUUCAUACUACUGAAAAAGAAUAUUACAGUUCAGCUGUGUAAUAUAGUGUAAAAAGUCUAUAAUACAAUUUCAUGUAUUGUUUACUGUCGUUUUUCAGCGAUAAUUUCAUUGAUGUAUACAGUAAGUCAGGCUUUCAUUGGUUUCCAUAAAUCUGUCUUGAGUCAAUUGGUUUAAUGUGAUUUUUAUCAUGUCAUUGUUGAUGUUUUAAUCGCUUGCAUAUGUUAAAUGACCUGUACUACUGACCUUCCUACAGUCUCUGUAUAGUAUAACUUCAAUGAAUGUUAUGUAUUAUGAAGACUUCAUUUGCACAUGUGCUCCACUAUGAGAACUGAAUUCCAUAGAUGGCGUCAUCUCCAGGUGUCAUCUAUGGGCUCAGUUCUUUUGGCAUGGCACUAACAACGACGGAGCAGCGGAGAAUGGAAAUACAUACAUACUACAGGGGUACUGUAUUGUGCUAGGAUUAUGUGGAAUGCUUUAAUAAAGGAUACAAUGUCAUCGCCUA